AUGAAGGGACUAGCUGCGGAUUUCUCUUGUGCGCUUCUUCUUCUUCUUCUGGUGGAUUUGGCUCUGGGUCUCUCUCCUCGGAUGCACCCUGACGCACUGCUCCGUGGGAUGGGCUCCAGGCGCACCGUGCAGCGGCAGCAGACCAGCAAGCUGCCCCUCUACAUGAUGCAGCUCUACCGGACUAUGCUGACCGAGGACCGGGCCGGGACUCCGGCUGCCACCGUGAGCCAGACUAGGACGGAGGACAACGCCGGUCUGCAUGACUCCGACUCUGUGAUCAGCCAUGUCGCUAAAAGUUGCCAUCAGAUUGGCAAGAGGUGGUCCGUCACCUUUGACAUGUCCUCCAUGUCUGCAAGCGACAAUGUCCAGCUGGCUGAACUUCGCAUCCGUCUGCCCGCCUUCACCGAGUCUUCCCGAGCCUCAGUGGACAUCUACCACUCCCACAGGGACCAGUGCUCCGACAUGCACUGCCCGGAGAGCAGGCUGCUCCUGGGCAGCCUGAGAUCUCGUCCCAGUUCGAUGGUCUCCCCCUCCUCCUGGAAGGUGUUCAACAUGACAGAGAUGCUGAGCCGCUGGCUGCAGCAGGAGCACUCCACGCAGAGGACGGAGGAGGAUGAGGCUGAGGUGAGAGAGGAGGAGGAUGAAGAGCAGGUGGGAGUACAACACCCUACAGCGGACCGGGUCAUGAUGGUGGUCUUCUCCAGGCAGAACCCUAACGGCCAGCGAAUGCCAACGCUCAUCCGCACAGCAGAGCACUCCAAGUACGUCAGCCUGGACAGGGAGCGGGUGACGGCUGGCUCAAGCACCAGUGUGAGGAGCCACAGGGCCAAGAGGCAUCACCAGACCCAGCAGCACAGACGGAGAGUGGCCGGAGCUGUUCUUGCUGACAAACCCAGAGAGGAGGAGGAGAAGAAGGGUCCUCUCUGCAGGAAGGUGGACAUGUGGGUGGACUUUGAGAAGCUCGGCUGGAGCGAGUGGAUUGUUUAUCCAAAACAGUACAACGCCUAUCGCUGUGAAGGGAGCUGCCCUACACCAGUAGACGAGACCUUCACCCCAACCAACCAUGCAUACAUGCAGAGCCUGCUGAAGCUUCACCACCCAGACAAGGUGCCGUGUGUGUCCUGUGUGCCAACACGCCUGGCGCCGCUUUCCAUGUUGUACUACGAGAACGGAAAGAUGGUCAUGAGGCAUCACGAGAACAUGGUGGUGGAGGAGUGCGGCUGCAACUGAGCGAGAGACUUGUAAACCUUUUACAAAGGUUGGAGGUCAGAGAAACACUGGACUGUAGCCACUGAGUCACAGGCACAGAAGAGUACUGAGCUGCUCAGCGGCACAAAGUGGAUGCACGUCCACAGGCACUUUACAGACACGUCCAUGUUGACACUGGGACGGAGGCUGCUGCUGCGAUGCAGGACAUGAAAGAAGGGAACUACUGUAUAUACUGGACACUGCUCUCUAAAUUAAAGAGUUGUAAAUUAUUGGUACUUUUUGUAGAUUAGGUGACCUACAGUUGUGCCUUGGACUGCAAGUGGAUCAGCUAUAAUUCAAGGUUAUAAGGUGCGAUUAUGGUAGUGGGCUGAUCCAGUCAAGAUCAACUUAAAAGCACAAUACGAUCACUGACAGAAGCACUACUGAAGUUUCACAAACACAGCUGUACACACACAGUUUUAUAUACAAGCUGUGUUUUUAUGCUCAAUUAACUGAAAUUUUUAAUGCCAUAGAAAUGAGAAAUGCAGAUGUCAGAAUAGUGUAAGCGCUUUAACUUUAUUAAGAUGUUUGGGUCACAUUGAUCCAUUUGUGUAUGUACUAUGUGCAGUAAUACAAUAAAUUAUUUCUUAUGUUGAACAAAGUGUUCAGUGGUUUUUAUUACAGGGUUUAUACAAGAGUUAAGUUGCUAAACCUGAAAACACAAACACCUGACUAUUCUUGAAAUAUUGUAUAUAUGUGUGCCUGAAGUGUUUUGAAACAAUGUUUUACAGUUUUACAAGCGAAAAGAUUUGAAGGAUGAACGUGAUCUGGACUAAUGUAUCUCAGGUUAACCCAUGUCUGUUAAAGAGCAGUGCACAGCUGCUUCCCUGAACUUUUUUUUUAUAGAAAUUGUCUGCAGUUCCCCUCAAGUCUACAUGUCAGCACCAAAUAAUGGCACAUUUAACUGUGUCAUUUCCUGAGAAAUUGACAAAAAUGUUGAAAAAUGUCCUAUCCAGUAAUGUUGACAAAAGUGAGAGUAAAAAUUCCUGAAUCCGCCCCUUUAACCGGAGUGGCACCAAACUUUAAUGAGUCCUUCUCUGGCCCAUGACCCAUCCCUCCACUAAGUUUGGUGCAAAUCGGUUCAAUACUUGAUACAUAAUUUGUCAACAAACAAACAAACAAACAAACGGAUAGAUGCGGGUGAAAACAUAACCUCCUUUGCAGAGGUAAUUAACGGUUACAUUACAAAGUAAAGCUCAUAAUGUCUUUUUUUUUUUUUUUUUUUUAAUUUUUUAACAUUGAAAGUUUUAAAGACAUGUUUUUAAACUCAUGAAAUGACUCAAA